AUGUUAGACUCGCCAUCGGCAGCUGAUGUGUCCGGUGUCGAAGUAAAUGCGGGCGACUCUUUCCUCGACGACCAGGAGAAGCCUAUUCUGCCUACUACCGCCUCCGCUGCUCGGUUGUGCGCCAACAGACGUCACGGACUGGCUGGAGCAACCUGGCUCUGCACGUCAAGACUCAGCAUCUUGACUACGUUGAGAGAGCGUGACGCGUCACGUAGAGGCAGCAAUCAAGGUCGACAUGCCGAAGCGGCGGGAACAGCACAAUACCCGCUGCUAGCCAUGGCACCGCUGGUGAGCUACCCGAUCGACCACUCCGCAGCGACCCACCUGACGUUUCUACGUGAGAUGCUGAUGCGCGACUACAACAAGCGUGUAGAGGACUGCCUGUUUAUUGUAGGAGACAACUGCUACGCUAACCAGCGCCUUGCUAAUCUCUUGAGUGUGCCACUGGUCGGAUGUGCAAGCCACCGCCUGAGUCUGGCGGUGGAGAGCUUUUUCCGUGAAGUAUCGGACGAUUUAGACAAAGAGAGUUUAAACCAAUCCGCAAAGCUCAGGUUCAAUACUCCAUUGAGGCCCAUGCUAAGUCAGGACACUCGCUGGAGCUCCACGUUUUGUAUGAUCCAUCGCUACUUUCGACUGCUGGAGUUCAUUAAAGACGACGACGAGCUAGCCGACAACCUGCCCGGUCCAGCUGCCAAUCGCCGCUUGCGCAAGCUCCUGGAGGACCUGUCGAAGGUCGAUUCUGUCAGCAAGGAGUUGCAGGCUUCUACGGUAUCACUCCUGGACGCGCGUGUGUACUUCGACGGACUAUUGGAGUCGCUGUCUGCGCUGGCAUCGCAUAUCGUACUGGACGGCAAGACAACAGAACGGACGAGGGCCGAGACUGCAUCUCUGCGCCGCUUUGCCGUCCAGCGUGAAGAGACUUCCAUUGCAGCAGCAGAUGACGAUGCUGAGAGCUCAUUUAUUAAGAAGGUGGAGAAACGUCGUAAGCAAGUGGGGCCACCAAGUACGAGUUGA